GGCUCAAGUUUUGCUCUCGGGAUAAACAUUGAUGGCCCCGCGUGCCCACCACGGCCCGCUGGCCCUAGUCGCUGCAUCGGCGCCUGGGCUGGCUUCGCUGCUGUGGCACUCGGUGCGGUCCAACCUCCUCGCGGCGUUCUUCAGCGCCGAGGCCCAGCGGGUCGUGAGCGCCGGCGGGGAGGCAGCCAGGGGAUCCGAGGGCCCACACCCCGACGAGGGUAGCUGCGGGGUCGCAUACCCGCAGUGUCCAGACCUCAUCUGCCCCGAGGCGCCGCCGUGUGCCCUUUGCCCGGCACUGCAGUGCCAGGCUUGCCCGGACGUCCCGGGAGAUCUCGACCAGCCCGACUAUAUUGGCUGGGCCGUCAGCGUUGGCAACCUGGUGCUGACCGCGGCGGCGGGCUGCUGCCGACGCCAGCCUCGCCAGCGCGAGGCGCGCGAGGCGCAGCCUGAGCAGGCUCCGCGCCCCACCGCGCAGGACGACGCCGACGCCACCGUGCUGAGGACCGAGGCGAUUCGACUGAGAAGGGCCAUUCGGGAUUGGGCAGUCUUGCGCACUCUCUAAGGAGGAACGGCGCAGUUUGAAGAUUACAUCGUGAUAAGGUACAACCUGGAGGAGGAGGAGGAGGAGGAGGAGGAGUUGCAGUCUCAUGAGAAGCUCGGCACGGGUGUGAAGCAGGGGCGGUUGAGCGUAGUGACCAUCUAUACUCUUGACGGCGACCACUAUGAGAUCGAUGCCACCAUUGGUGGCGGUGUCUAUUCAGAUCACAGGGUCGAGGAUGAGCUCACGUGGGAGGCCCAUGUCAUCGGAGACAGUGCCAUGACGCCGCUGGCGGGUGGCGACACCGCGCUGCUCAGGCAUUUCGAUCGGAAGGAUCUACACGACUACGACAACGAUGAUCUGAGAGAGUUUUCAAGCUGUUUUGUCGGCACGUGUCGGCUCAGGAGGUCGGUCCCCGACGCCGUCGACCGCAUGAUGGACG